UCUCCCUCGUCGCGAGCGUCACGAUCGGCGCGAGCGCGCGCCGCGACCCACACGUACGUGCAUCUCGGCGGUCCCGGCACCGCGCCCCGUCGACUCGUCGAGACGCGCCGAUCGACGGUCGUCGAUAAAGAGUUUGGUACCCCGUACGAUCAUGCCUCGCUCGCACACGCGCGACGGCGAUCGACGACCCGCUGCUCGACGACUCCGUGCCGAACGCCUCGUAGGCGCGCGCACCGAGUGAAACGCGAGUGUGUUUAUGAGGAAAGACGCGCGCGCGCGCGCGCGCUCCUUCUUUCCUUCUCCUCGCCUCUCUUUCUCUCUUUUUCUCUCGCACGUACGCGCGUUCCUCUGCAUGCCGGUGUCGGCGCGUCGCGCAGCAGGCCUGAAGAAGAUUUUCAACCAGUCGCGAGUAACCGCGAGAGAAUCUCGCGAAUCCCGCGGGUGAUUCCCGUUGGUAACGGAAGUGCCGCGAGUGUCGGAAGUGUCGAAAAGUGCCGGAAGCGCCGUGCGAUUCCAUCAAGGCCGCGCGAGAAGUCGGAGCGUAAAUCGUAACGGAGAAUGAGAGCGAACCCAAACGCGUGGAGCGGAUAAAGGCGCGAGCCAGGCAGGCAAUAUAUAAAGUCGAAGCCGAAGGAAGGUAAUAGGGAAGCGAUGGUGGUGGAGUGGCUGUGCCCUGGACUCAGGCCGACCAGGAGCAACAGGCCUCGUCUUCUGCACUGCAAGGUGAUACUCCUGGACGAGCACGAAUUGCUGCAGGACGUCCUGAGCUCGAACCUGGGCCAGGAAUUGUUGGAUAGAGUGUUCAAGCACCUCAACUUGCUGGAAACUUCCUAUUUCGGGUUGCGCUAUCUCGAUCACGGGAAUCAGACGCAAUGGCUCGAUCAAAGCAAAAAGCUCGGCAAGCAACUGAAGAUUCACAAGGGAGACCCUGGAUCGGACGUUCACACUCUCUACUUCGGUGUCAAAUUCUAUGCGGCGGAUCCAUGCAAGCUCAUCGAAGAAAUUACCAGGUAUCAGUUUUUCCUGCAAAUAAAGCAAGACAUUCUGCAAGGAAGACUGCCCGUAUCCUUCGACCUAGCCGCAGAAUUGGGAGCUUACGUCGUUCAAUCGGAACUUGGGGAUUAUGAUCCUAGACGACACUCACCCGGAUACGUCACCGAAUUUCGGUUUCUCGCCAACCAAACCACGGAACUGGAGAAUCGUAUAGUAGAGAUCCACAAAACUCUCAUAGGACAAUUGCCUUCGGCAGCAGAAUUAAAUUAUCUGGACAAAGUGAAGUGGCUGGAAAUGUACGGAGUAGAUUUGCAUCCCGUGUUGGGCGAAGAUAGCGUGGAGUAUUUUCUCGGCUUAACUCCGAGCGGAAUAAUAUUGCUACGCAAUAAGACCAAAGUGGGGAAUUAUUACUGGCCUCGAAUAAAUAAAAUCUACUAUAAGGGCAGGUACUUCAUGCUGAGAGUCAGCGAAAAGAAUUCUGAGGAGAGAACGCACGGCUUCGAGACGCCAUCGAAAGGAGCCUGCCGUCACCUCUGGAAAUGUUGCUUGGAGCAUCAAGCUUUUUUCCGAUUAAUGGCGACCGGCCCACCGCCCCUUAGUCCGUAUUCCCGUUUUCAUUCGUACAGUCCUCCAUCCACUUUGGAGAAGCACGCGGCCAUUAGACGAAAUCCACCGCCGUUCCAAAGGACUCCCAGUCGGAGAGCGCAAAGACGUGUCGUCGAGGGUCAGGAGAUGGUCGGUUCAUUCGUCGAAACACCCGUCACCGUAAUCUCGAAUCCAGGCAACAAUCCAUCUAGCGGCAACAUAUUGUGCAAUGCGCAAAGGCAGAUGAACACCUCGAGUCCGAGAAGCACGAGAAGCGCGCCGUGGACGCAGAGUCAGCCCCGUGGCCUGUACACCUCGUCUAGUCCUCGCUCCGUUCGCUCCGCGGGAACGGCGCCGGCACUCUUAAGUAGGCUUCAACGUCGGAGCAGCUCGGUGGAGAGUCAAAGUUCGGGGGAUAGUCAUAGUCGCAGUGGUCACCGUAGGCGAAGUCAUAGUCACAGUCAUCGUCGACACGGCAGACAUUCCGACUGCGAGUCCGAGCUUUCGAGGAGUUCGGAUACGCGAUCCGGCCAUCGAAAACAUCGUAGAAAACACAGGAACUCCCGCUCUUCUAGACACGAGCUGAUAGAUUCGGAGCCACAAUGGAGAGAGGCGCAGAAACGAAAAGGGGAAGGCGUGCAAAAAGCCAUCGUAAGUCACACGGAGCCUAGAAGAAGACACAGAAGCAGACAUCGAAGUCCCUCUCAAAAGCAGCCAUUACCGGAUGAACUUCGAAAACACUUGGAAUUUGGCCUAGUCGACACUAGUGGGAUGAGCGAGCAGCAACGUCGAGAGAUAUCCUAUACGGUGGUACAGUCGCAAUCUGUACAGCAAUCUCCCAUACAAUCUAAGAAUUCUCGAUUGGAUGACACAGAUUCAUCGCCCCUGCCUAGAACUAUCGGAUCCGUUGGCAAAAGAGACAGAAGACUCGUGCGGCAUUAUCGUGAUGGAAGUUAUAACUUGCUGUCGGCAACGUCCAAUCGAGUCGAGGCAAAGUAUCCCGAGGCUCGAAACGAAUAUUGCUCGAGGAGGGAUUUUUAUUAUACUCGUAGCAACCGAGUGUCAAUAGGGAAUAAUGCGGACAGUGGACUCGGGGAAAGCACGCCGCAGGACUUUUCAAGCUGCUGCUCAAGUUCUGCCGACAGCAAUAAACCUAUUCAUGUAACACAAUUGCAAUUAGGGGGAGAGGUACACUAUGAAUUGCCUUCAAAUCAAGAAAUCUACCCUCCUGUUGAUACUACUCUGGACGCUGUUCUCCAACCCAUUAUAUCAACUUUAACGAGGAGGCAGCGGAGCUACCCGAAACAAUCGUAAAACUUUAACACAAAACAGAACAGUUUUAUAUGCACAUGUUGUACAUGUAAGAUAACGUUCAUACCUUAAUUAAAUAUCGAUAUUUGUGAAUCGCUGGAUCACACAUGUGAAGCGAGAUCUUGUUGAAUAAAAGCAGUAUAUUUUAGUC